AUGGCCCAGGGACUCACCGACGUGAAGCUCGAGAUCACUCCGCCUCUGGCCAGAAUCACGUUCUGCCGGCCAGACUCUUACAACUCGUUCCGUGCCAAGACGUACCAGGACCUCCAGGCUGCGAUGCAGACCGUCGCCAGACGGGACGACGUCUUCGUGACUGUUGUUACUGGCGAGGGCAAGUUCUUCAGCUCUGGCGCCGACUUUAACGACGCCUACAGCCCUGUCUCUGCCGAUCCGAUCGAGGUCCUCGAGACCUUUCGCAAGCACCUGGGCGGCCUGACCGUCGCGGUGACCCAGUCGUUUAUCAACCAUCCCAAGGUCCUGGUCAUCGCCCUCAACGGGCCCGUGGUUGGCAUUCCUGCUGCCCUCAUCUCGCACGCCGAUCUAAUCUAUGCCUCGGACUCGGCCUAUUUGUACACGCCGUUUGCCACGAUCGGGAUCUGCGCUGAAGGCGGCUCCUCCUUUGGAUUCCUCAGUCGCAUGGGCUUUGGUCCUGCCAUGGAGGCCCUGAUGUUUGGCCGCAAGUACUCGGCCCACGAACUCGAACGCUUCGGCUUUGUGAACCGUGUCUUUCCCGAGGCUUCGUUCCACGCCGAGGUCGAGAAGCUCCUCAAGACCAAUCUUGCUGUUUCCAAUCUGCCGACGCUCCUCAAGACUAAGGAGCUCACGCGCACGUAUAUCCGCAACCACGCAAACCUCGCCAAUGCGCAGGAGUGGGACGAGGUGUCCAAAUGCUUCGCGUCUGGUGCCCCUGCUGAGAGCUUCAAGCGCAUGCUCCAAGCCAAGAUGGGGGCCAAGAAGUCCAAGUUGUGA